AUGGCAAAAGCAUACAGAAAGGAAGAUUUUGAUAAAUUAAUGGCUAAGGUGGUGAAAGUUGAUCAUAGGGUGAAGGAUUACCUUGAAGAUGCUGGUUAUGAGAAGUGGAUAAGAGUUCAUUCAAUUGUAAACAGAGGUAGAAUGAUGACUUCGAACAUCGCUGAGUGUAUCAAUGGAUGCCUUGUCGAUGCAUGUAGGUUAUCUAUAAUAGACUUCUUGGAGGAAGCUAGACUUCUAUUUGGUAGUUGGAACUAUAAAAAGAGAGAAACAGCGUCAUAUACAAAGGACACAUUGGGCCAAAGAUUUGAGGAGAUAUUGAUUGUAAACGCAUCUAAAAGUUCAAAGAUGAAGGUUGUUCCAUCAUCUGAAUAUAUUUUCUCAGUUCAUGAAGCCGGAAGAAGAUACAUUAUAUGUCUUGAGAGGAAAACUUGCACAUGUGGAAGGUUUCAACAUGAUGAGAUACCUUGCGGACACACAAUUGCAGUUUUGAAGCAAAAGAAUGUUAUAAAUUUGCACUCAUAUUGCUCUAAUUACUACAAGCCUGAUGCAUUCGAAAAAACGUACGAGGUUGCAAUGGUUCCAAUGCCAGAUAAGGAGGAUUGGACCGUUUCAGACUAUGUUUUAGAUGAAAUUGUCCGGCCACCUAGGUAUAGAAGGUUGGCUGGACGACCAAGAAAGCGAAGAAAGAAAAAUGCGGAUGAGAAAAUAACAGUGAACAAUAAUUCUUGA